AUGCACCUCUGCGAGGGCAAUGCACUGCUGACGAGGACGGAUCCCGAGGAGCAUCAGAGGCUGAAGAAGAAACAGAAGAACCGCGCGGCCGCCCAGCGCAGCCGGCAGAAGCACACGGACAAAGCGGACGCCCUGCACCAGCAGCACGAGACGCUGGAGAAACACAACCGCUUGCUGCGGAAGGAGAUCCAGACUCUGCAAGCUGAGCUGGGGUGGUGGAGCCGGACCCUGCAUGCGCACGAGCGGCUGUGCCUGAUGGACUGUGCCAACCGCUUGGCUCCGGUGCCCCCUGGCUGCUGGGGCCAGACUGAGCAGCCCCCGGACCCCAUGCCCUGUGGACAAUAUGGCUUCCAGGAACAGCCGGGCCUGUUCCAGACCCCCGUCUCUUCUCCCUCGGCCCACCAGCUCUCUUCACAUCUGCGGCCUCAUAGUUCCCCUGGCCUCCUCCUGUCCCCUCUGCCUUCUCUGUCCCUUGGCUCCACCGCGGCCCCUGCACCCCCUCCCCAGCUGUCCCCCAGCCCUGUCCAGUCAGCCUCGCCCACUGGCUCCAGCCUGCUAAGGCCUUCCUCCAGGCUCGACGCCCUCCUGCCCAACCCCCCAGCCCAACCUGCCCCUCUACAGCCCCUUGGGGUGGAGCACCCCACCAGGGGGAAGCUGGGGUCCCCACCUGACAGCGCCACACCUGCUCUGGGGCUGGCCGGCCUGCAGGGUAGGGAGCACAAGCCUGUGUCGGCAGCAGCAGCAGACCGGCAAGGGCUGGGUGUGGAUCCCAGUCCCCACCCACUCCUGGCCUUCCCCCUGCUCUCCUCUGCUCAAGUUCACUUCUAA